AUGUUUGAAUUUCGAGCCUUUUUUCCCGAAUUUUUCGGAGGCUUUCUCGUCGCUUUCGGGUUCCGGCUCCGAGGAAAAUGUCACCUCGGGACGUUUCGGCUUCCAGCAACCACGACACAUCCUCGCUCGCGCGCGCGCGCACGACGCGCGCAUCGCGGCGCAUCGCGCGCGAUGCGACACGCGUCGAUCGUCCUUGUGUUCGUCGUCCUCGCGCACGCGCGCGCGCCCCGCGUCGCGUCCUUCGAGGCCGCGGACGCGGGGUGCCCGUUCGAAGACGGCACCGGAAUCUGGUUGGACUCGUCGCUGAACAAAGACAGCGACGCCUCGCACUCGUUCCGCGUCCUGCACGCGCUGAUUCUCGCGUCGAGGACGCGAUGCCCCGAGCGCGCGUUCUACUACACCACCGCGCGAGGCCAAACCUUGUUCGCGCCCACGGACGAGGCGUUCGAGAAGCUGUUCAUCAACCUCGGGAGAGGCCUCGACGAGAUUCUCGCGGACGCGAGACUGCUGUGCGGGAUCGUGUCGUAUCACCUCACGAUCCCGUGCGGCGCGACGAACGACGCGCUGUGGCGACGGUCGUGCGGCUUCUUGCUCACGAAAGACAUCAUCGACGGGCAGCCGUUAGAGACGUUGUUCCGGGACGACGCGCUGAGCGCGGGAUUGGAUCUCUCCGGGAUCGGCACCGCGAGUUCGCUGCUGUUCGUCGCGGCGUCGCAAGACGCCGGGUCGACGCGAAAACUUCGCGUGGACGGCUAUUUGAAACGCGGCGCGGACGUGAUCGGGCCGAACGUCGUGAUGUGUUCGGGGCUGGGUUUCGGACCCGGUCUCGCGGUGCACGUGAUCGACGACGUUCUCGUCCCCGCCGCGGCGUUUUACUCGUCCGUCGAGUCCGUGAUCGAGUCGUACCCGGAGCUGUCGAUCACCGCGGAGGCGUUUUUUCUGACGCGCGCGUUGCGAGAGAGCUUUCUCACGACGCCUUUCGCGCAGGUACAGGGAACGUCGGACGUCACCGCGCAGCAGUUCCCGGGCGCGGUCAUCGUUCCGCCGCUCAUUCCUCGAGGGACGCUUCCGUCGCCGGUGUUACCCGAGCCCGGGAUGUGCACGCCGGGGGAGGUGAUAGACGGGACCGCGAUGCGAACGGUGUUCGCGCCGACGAACCUCGCGUGGAAAAAUUUCUUCCGAAGAGUCGGCCUGUCGAAAGAGCAAGUGUUCUCCGACCCGGAGCUCUUGCUCUCGACGCUGCAGUACUCCGAAGUGAUCUCUGCCGUCGGGCUGUCCCCGAUCGGCGCGGACGGGAUCCUGGCCGGGAGCCGGUACUUCACGUGGAACAUGUACCCUCUGGAGAUAUUGCAGAGCAGCGUGCAACCCGAGUUGCUCUUCGUGACGCCGCUGCUCGGUCCUUCGAUAGGCGCGCUGAACUUUUUCGACCUCGUGAUGGACAUCACGUGCGUCGGGAACAAGCGAAUCGUGACCGUCGACGGGCAGCGGUACGCGGUCUUGGGCAGGAAUCAAGCGGUCGUCGUCGCUCCCGACCUCGUCGCGUGCGACGGGCUCGUGCACGUCGUCGACUCCGUUUUGAUAACUCCCGGGUUGACGACGCUGCGACAGCUUUCUUUGCGACCGGAGCUCUCUCUGUUCACGGAAAUCGUGACGAGUCCAGGGAACGAGCUCUUAGCCCUGGACUUGGACCAGGUCGGAAAUUUAGGGCAAAUAGUGUCCGGAAUAGCGAUUUUCGCGCCUACGAACGCGGCGGUCGAAGGAACGCUCGCGUACCUGGGAUACACCCCGGACGACAUUUUGAAACCAUUCAUCGAUCCUUUCAUCGCAUUUUUGAUACGGAAACAAAUCGCGGAGUAUCAUUUGAUACUCGAUCUCGUCCCGCGCGGAGGGUUGAUUCCACAGGAAGAUUUCAGACUAUGCCUUCUCGCGAAUACGGACGUUUUCGACACGAGACUGGCGUACCCGCUGUUCGCGAAGCCGUGUAACAUUUUCCUCGGGCUGAGCAUAAUAAUACAAGUCGGAAUUCGCGUGCAAGGAGUUCGUUCUGUGACUUCUAAAACGCCUCCUGGACUGCCAGACCCGGCGAGAAGUAUUUUCAUCGAGGGAAGGUUGAACGCGGGAAAAGUCAUCGUUCCCGACCUCGUUUCGUCAAACGGCGUCGUUCAGGUCAUCGAUACGAUGUUAAUACCUCCAACCGCAGAGCUUGGUCUUACAAUCAUGGAUCGAAUAUCGAGAACACCGUGGCUAAAGGAAAGUUUUAAUCAAAAAACGUGA